UUGCCGAGCGAAUUUGAUCCGUGUUGUAGAUUGCAGUCACAUUGGAUUACAAGUUACACUACGCACUACAAAGGUCUGCACAGAUUGCUUUGUCAUCGCAAGGGCAUUGAAGACCAUGUAUUCGUAUUUUAAAACCUCGAUCCCAAGGCUCUUCCAACAGUCCGUCUUGUUGCGAUCGUCUAGUUCAUCCAAGGCUCUAAAUGCCCAUCCCAACCUUGGUAUUCAGGACCAUGCUUUACCGGCAAAAUCUUCUUCAGCCGUAAAUGAAGCAAUUCUAUCCAUUUUUCAAGACAUCAACCUGAACAUUCUGGCUUAUGGCCCUGCCGAGGCCGUCGAGGUUAACAAUGUGGCUAAACACUACUUCAAUAGCCAAGGCAAGAAUAUUCGUCCUAAUAUGACACUCCUGAUGGCCAAGGCCGUCAACUCUCACCUUGGAUUGGAUUUGGACUUCAAUGUUUACAGCCAACAGAUGAAGGUGGCAGAAGUGGCUGAGAUGUAUCAUACAGCCAGUCUAAUGCACGACGAUGUCCUUGAUCAUGCGGAAGUCCGCCGAGGACGGCCCUCCGUUAACAGUCUUUGGGGCGAACUCUCCUCUAUCCGUGGAGGAAACUUUGCCGUGGGUUUAGCAUCUUCAGAAGUGGCCAAGCUCAAGAACGACGAGGUUCUUUACUGCAUGUCCAAGAUUCUGGAAAGUUUGGUUAUCGGAGAGCUCCAACAAAUGUCGGCGUCUCACAAGGGGAACAACUCAGAUGCUCGAUUUCAGCGUUAUUUAGCCAAGACCUUUAACAAAACGGCCUCCCUCAUGGCUUACUCUUGCCAAUCUGCUGCGAUUUUAGCUGAAUGCAAGGCCGGACAAGACAGGCAACUAUCUACGAUGGCUUAUAACUACGGCAAGGAUAUGGGCAUAGCAUUUCAGUUAAUGGAUGAUUGGUUGGACUUCGUGGUGGAUGCGGAGCAACUUGGCAAACCGUCGUCAGCUGAUCUGAAAUUGGGAUUGGCCACUGCUCCAGUACUCUUUGCAUGCGAGGAGCAUCCAGAAGCCAUGGGACCUUUGAUUGAGAGAAAGUUCAGUGGCCCCAAUGAUGUUGAAAAGGCUUUGAAGAUUGUGAUGAAAUCUAAUGGCUUGAACAAGACCAAAGCGCUGGCCGAGAAUUUUUGCCAAAGCGCAAUCCUUUCGAUAAGCUCCAUGAGAUAUUCCCAAGCUAAAUCGGAUUUGGAAGAUAUGCUGAAAUUCGUUCUUUGUCGAAUGAGAUAAGAAGGUUUUAUUUUAGUUUUGCCACCUGUGUGAUUAUAUGUUUCUGAUGCUGUGAAAAAGAUCAAUGUAUUUGUCUCGAAUGUCGUUUUCUGCAUUAAUUUUGAAAAAAAGACCUGCGUACUUUGACAGAAAAA